CGGGAGCAGGUUUGCUCGGUGAUAGUUUGAGGACAAACUAAAAACAAAACAAUCCACUCUGACUUCAUUCCUUCUUGGCUCAUUUCACAUCUGACUCCAGCCUCAGUCUGACUGGAAGAAUGAACCGAAAACCAGAAUCACCCCACAAAGACGACAUGUCCUUCAACAUGUGUGUUUGACGGCACACACCCGCAUUGACCCGCAUGGACACGCAGACACACACACACACACACACCUACACCACCCAUAUAGACACACAGGACCUUAACAUCUUUACUGGCUGUUAGUGAAUCCUCGGAACACAGGGGGAGGGGCCAAGGUGUGUCCUGCCACCAGGUGAUAAAAGACACGCUCCUGCGAACACACACACACACACACACACACACACACACACUCACUCACUCACUCACACACACCCGAGCCCCCCGAGCAGUGAGGGCAACGUUGCUACAAGUCAAAAAGGUGAAAACGUAAACCUCCCCCCACCGCUCGGAUGUUUUAAUUUUUCAAUUUUAUCGCCGUUGACAACGUUUCCACAGAAAAAAAAAAGCGACAGCGUCACCUGAGGAAAACCGACUCCUGCCGCACGUUUUCAUCAGGUUGUUCUUCCUCUUCACUCGGACACCGGGAUUUAAACCGAACCAAACAACCGUCUGGAGCCGUUGACACGCUGUGGUGACUGGAUGGAAAGAGUUACAGGAGAAAACACAGAACAACGAGCAGCCGUGUGUUGACAGUGACCGAGCACAUGCAGGGGCCAAUGGACAGCAGGAAGAGGUUCUGUAGCUCACACCAAUGUUUCCUCUUCUGCCUGCUCUUUGGCCUCGUCUAUUUCGCUGUGUACUGUUCAAACAUCGCUGAUUUCGCGGUGGACUGGAACUCCAGCUGGUGGCUGCAGACGUCGAGGAACUCAACAGCCAGGCAGUGGACGCUUUUCGUCCAGCUGCAGAAGAAUGUGACACCCAGCGAGGACGUGAAGGAGCAGAACGGUACUGCAACAAGAAACCACACCCUUAACACGACGGAGGGUAGAACCAACAUCACCAAAGUCACCGACGUCGAGCUAACGGCUGAAAGAAACUCAUCCGUGUCCGUGCCAACGACCCAGAAAGUGUUGGAACCUUUGACCCCUCCCCCGUACGUGUCUCCGGGUCCGUACUUGGUGGAGUACCCGUCUGACUACCACUUCACCAUCAACCAGCCGAAGAAAUGUGAGGAGAAGAAGCCGUUUGUGGUUCUGCUGGUACCCGUGGCCCCCAGGAACUGGGCCCACCGUGACAUCGUCCGCAGCACCUGGGGCCGAGAGAGUCUGGUCCUGGACAAGGUGGUGUCCCUCUUCUUCCUGCUGGGGCUGUACACCGGGGAGGGCAGCCAGCAGCUACAGGAGCAGCUGCAGCUGGAGAGUGAGGAGCACCAAGACCUGCUCCAGGCCAACUUUGUGGACUGCUACAAGAACCUGACCAUCAAAACCAUGAUGAUGCUGGAGUGGCUGGACGCCCACUGCUCCAGUGUGCCCUACGCCAUGAAGAUCGACUCGGACAUGUUUCUGGUCGUGCCCAACCUCAUCAAAAUGUUGGCCAACACUCCAAGGACAAACUACCUGACUGGGCUAGUGGCGACACAAGGGCAAGUUCUUAGAAACCCAAACUCCAAAUGGUACGUGCCUCAGGAUGUGUUCCCUCGACCAUUUUACCCCCGUUAUGCUCUGGGUCUGGGCUACGUUUGGUCAUCAGACCUGUCGAAGAAAAUCCUGGAGGCGUCCAAACACGUCAAGGCCAUUUACAUCGAAGACGUGUACCUGGGUCUUUGCAUGGAGUAUUUGGGCAUCGCACCCACAGACCCCCCAAACUGGAACUAUUUCCAGAUCAUUCCUGUGCCGUACUCACGCUGCGCCUUUUCCAAAUUAAUAGCGACAACAACUAAUGAAAGAGACGAUCGUCUGAAGAUGUGGGCAGACUUUUCAAAACCAGGUCCGUACUGCUGAGGAACCAGACCUGACCGUCUGAGUAAGUGACAGGGCGCUGGCGAGUUUAUAAAAGUUGAUGCUCUUUGGCCCAGGGAAGGAAGGUCGGCCGUUUGUGUCUGGGCUCUGGCGGACGUGCAGGCCUUUUUGUUUUUUGACUAAUUCUCCACAUUGGUCUGCUUCCCUGGUCCAAAACCAUUAGAUAACUGGUUGUUUGUGUAAAUGUGAGCAUUUAUAGUUGUUUGUGCAUUGGAAUGUAAUAAAAUGAAGUGCAUUGCCA